CAGCGCGUGGAGACUCAUCACCUGCACGAGGACGUCGCGUUAUUAAAGCCCGUGCAGACCGGCGAGGAUUCUGAGAGAGAGAGAGAGAGAGAGAGAGAGAGAGAGAGAGAGCGCACCCGCUGGGUCACAGUGUGAGUAUUCUUCAGAAGUCCAGCAGUAACGUAAUGUUUCAUAGCAUGUGCUAUAAUACGUGUGAAGUUGAAAGUGCCCUAUAAUAAUAAUAAUGUUAGAGAUCAUUCUAGAGAACAUUACAGCUGCCUUUUAACUCCGUUAUUCAGCUCAAAUAACCAACAAACCAACCAAACAAGAAAGACGACACACCCUUCAGAGAGAGCGCUUUAAGGAGGAGACACACGAGACAGCGCGCGCGGCCCAGUAACAUCUCUCUGUAAGUUAUCUAGCUGAAUAAAACAUGACAAAACUAGAUAAUUAAACGAAUAAAUCUCGGAUUAGACUUUAUUACUAUUAUUUAUUUAGAAAUAAGCUAAAACACAGCCUAAUUAUAGGUCUCCAGUUUGGUUGGUUAUUUUAGCUUGAUAACGGAGCUUUUCUAAAGCGCGUGCAGGAAUACAGUGCAGUGCAGAAUAAUCGGAAACAGAAGCGUGUCGGAGGCAGAAAAAGCGCCCUUAGUGCACAAGUUCCCUCACAGGCAGUUGGCGUGUGUUUUCAGAGGUGCUGUCCAAGCUCUUCAGCAGAAGCACAAAGAAAAGUGCCGCUCUGAGGAUCACAGGCGCAGUGCUCAGCCAAGGAACCCUGGUAGAGCAGAAGAAAGACAUCAUUCUGACUCUCCUUCACAAUCCGGAGAUGUGCAGCAGUGCCAUCAGCUCAGACCUGGCAGAAAGCAGCAGCACUGGACUGGGGCUGAAAGUGAACAUUUCAGCUGCUAACGGAAGCUGUGUGUGCGCCCCGGUGCUCGCGCACGUCAGAGGAAGACUGAUUAUUAACUACAUGUCCAAGAAUGAAGAUGAACACAUGGACAGAGAAGCCCUCCUACUGCAGGAUGGAAACUGUUCCCUUCUGAGACAAUUCAGAAAGCCCGAGUCAGUGGUGAUGAAUAUCAAGAACAUCAGCGAGGAAACAAGUGAACCUCAGAAGAGUUUAAUAUCUGUUCAUCCCUCUGAUGGGAGGAUUGAUAUUUCAGCUUUCGACGGAAAAAGUGUUUUUGCUCCUGUUAUUUACAGCAGCACAGGGACACUGACUAUCAAUUAUUUCGUGAUAACGAAAUUCACGAACAUCAGUGAGAUAAAAACUGAACCUCAGGCUCAGGUGAUCGUACCAUUGAGGAGGACAUCAUCACCUUAUUCACCCUCUGAACUGAGAAUAAAUAUUUCUGCUUUCAAUGAAAGCAGUGUAUUUGCUCCAGUUUUUUAUAACUUCACAGGAACCGUGACAAUCAACUACUUCAGCUGUAAUGAACAUCAGUGAACAACUGAACCUGAACCUCUGGCUAAGGAUGCUUCAUCUGACAGUGACACAGAACCAGGUACACUGUGAUGGACUGGUGUCAUAUUCACUCCCAGUGUUCCUAGGAAAUGUUCCGUUAUCAGUGGAAAGCUUCACUUGGACGCUAUAGAUGUGAAGAAAGAACCUCCAGCUGUAAUAUGAGUAAUGUGAAAAUAUUGUGUGUUUACACUAAAACUGUAUUUCAUUUGAGUUUCAUUUCUGUUAGUCUCUCUAAUUCCCUAAUCAUUUGUUUUAAUUUAUUUUCAUUUUCAAUGUUUUUCUUCUUCUGAGAACUCCUUUCCCUGUUUCACAGUAUCGUUGUUGUUGUUGUUGUUGUUGUUUAAUACUGUGUUUAUAAUUCCGUGUUUUAUGUGUACUAGUGGUUUUUAUCUAACUCUGGGUUAUAAUUCAGGAAUGAUUGGGGAGUCCGGGAAGUUUGCAAGACUCUCUGAAUUAUUUGCUGUAUUCCUUGAUUAGCCCCCUUAAGCUCAGUUUAUUUCUUAUUAUAAUUUUCUAUAUAUUUUAAUAUAUUCAGGUAUUUAUUAUUUAUAUUGUUUCUUUUCUUUUUCUCUGCUGGUUAAAAUAUGCUGCUUGGAUUUAUUG